GUUCGCAUAUAUAAUAGGAAAGGGCAGGAUUCCAGAACAAGGAACCAAAAUGGCGGGAACUCGAUAACCUAUCGCCCUUUAAUCAUUUUCUGCUCUCAACUCGAAACAUCGUUCCCUUAAUCUACAUCUGUGUUCCGGCGGAAGCACUCUGUAUAGAGAAAAUGUACGGGAACAACCAAUUCGACGGUAAUGCCGCCUUCUCCGGCGGCGGGUUCAUGCCUUCUCAGGCGACCCAAACCGCCGACCCUGGCUUCUCUCCGGCCAAGAAUCGUGACGCACAGCCUUUACUACCAUUAACCGUGAAGCAAAUAAGUGAGGCCUUCCAGUCAAGUGACGACAAGGCAAAUUUUCUAAUCGAUGGAGUUGAUGUGAACAAUGUGAAAUUAGUCGGGAUUUUGGAUGAAAAAACUGAAAAAGUGACUGAAGUUUCAUUCGUGCUUGAUGAUGGAACUGGUCGCAUUGAUUGCCACAGAUGGGUAAAUGAAGCAAUUGACACGAAGGAAAUGGAGAUUCUCUUAAAUGGCAUGUACGUGAAGGUUCAUGGGCACCUGAAGGGAUUUCAGGGUAAAAAGCAAUUGAUGGUGUACUCUGUCAGGCCUCUCGAAGACUACAAUGAGAUUGCAAACCACUUUGCUGACUGUAUUUACGUCCACUGCUACAAUACCAAAAUACGGAAGCUGCAGCCGGAUGCUUCCCAAGUCCCAGGUCAUAUGCCAAAUUCAGCAGUUGGCACUUCUUCCAGAGGUUACCAACCUACCCCGUCUAAUCAUUUUCCUGUGCAAUAUAAUUUGGAUGGAGUGAAGGGCCUCGAUAAAGCAAUCUUGGACUAUUUGCAGAUGCCGUCAUCCCUUGCAAAAGAAAAGGGAAUCCAUCGGAGUGAACUUGCUCAACAACUGAAAGUUCCCGAGGCUAAAAUCUCAGAAGCUAUUGAGUCGUUGGAAUCAGAAGACACUAACAGUAGCAUGCCGUCGCGCGACGUCUCGCUCGGCAAAGGCCUUCACGAAGACAGAGGCAGAAAACGAGCAGGAGCUUCGCAGCGCGAUGCCACUCACGCCGCGACUGAAGGGGCCAUCGCGGCCUGGGACAAGCUGAGCCUAGACAACAGUUUCACGUGUGACAUGGAAGUGCAUGGCAGGAGUAGUUAA